AUGGCUGAGACGGGGCUUUGCACCCAUCGCCCCAGCGCUGCAUGUGGCGUGUUGCCUCUUCCACCAAAAGCGCCAAAGAAAUGCCUCUGUGGGAACAUAUGCAACGCGGAGGGAAGCGACGAAGAUAACACGCCAACAACAGCCCCCCAAACGCCGAGCUCAGGCGAGAGCUCCGACGCUACUGCGCGGCGCACAAGGUGUCUAGGCACGCCACUGCCUGACAAGAAAUCCCUACCGCAAAGCCGCCAUGAAUGCGACUCAACAACAGUCCGUGAAGAGCAGCUCUACUCCACCCAUGCUCUGAAAAAGAGUGGCGGUAGAUCUUUGGACCAUUCUGAGUGCCCAGAAAGCCAGACCAUACAAAUAACGCUAACUCCUGCUGGGCCUGAAGAGAACAGCGGCAACGGUACCCCCAAAUCUAGCUGCACUGCAGCAGCGUCCCCCAAGUUCGUUGGUGCCAGUUACAGUCAAAUAGGCAGUCAAAAGCCCGCGCAAAUUGGUGCUGCUGGCUCUUGCGAAAAUCCGGUAAAGGCCAAAGAAGCGCACGGCGGGGAAGGCGUGUGUGUACUAAUGGAUAAAGGCGACCACCUCCAGCAGCUACUGGAACAGUACAACUUGCGGAGAUCUGCCUUUGAGCAUAACUGCAGCCAGAGAUACGACAGGGUGUCUGAAACCACGCGCCAAAGACGAAAAUGCAACUCCAUGUGGAACAUUCGUAACGGAGGCGGACAAAACCUGCAGGUGCCCGCUUCACAUUCGCGCAAGAAAUGCCAAGACGGAGAUACAGCCGAAUUGACUUCCUCGUCAGGCGAGGAGGCAAUAUUUCGAGGAUCAGAGGAAAACGCAGCAACCAGAGAAGAAGGGCUUUCAACUAACGACGGGGGACCGCCCCGGCGGUCAAAGGGUGGUGGUCACCGAACCUUCCCAUACAGGCAGUUUCACGUACAUCAUUUCUUGCCGGAACCGCAAAAUAAAGUGGGUUUGUUAACUCACCCCACUCCAGCGCAGUUUAAUAAAUACCCCAAAGCAAGAGGCGUGUGGUACGAUCCUCAUCGUAACCUUGUGCGCACUUGCUGGAAGGAAAACGGGAAGGCAAGAACAAUGGGUUUUCCUGUGAAUAAGUUCGGUCUGGAGGAGGCGCGCACUUUAGCCGUUGAAUACCACUAUUACAAAUGCCCAACAGACCCUCUCCCAGAUGAUCUCCUGUCUCUUGUGCCCAGGAAACCUCCUCACGCCUAUGGGUGGUGUUAG